AUGGGGCGUCCGGGCGUGGCCCUGCUGGUGGCGGCCACCGUGUGGCUGUGGGCCUCCUGGAAGAGCCGGGCGUCGGGCGCCCUCGACGGGGAGCGCUGCUGGCUCCGGGCGGCGGCGGCGCCUCCGCAGCACCCCUACGCCUCCUACCCCCGUCCGGCGGCGGCAGCAGGAGGGAGCCGGGGCGCGGGGCCUUUGCGGGCCAGGCGCGCUCGGCGCUCGGAGGGCAGCAGCGUGGAAGACACGUGGGGAGGAGAAGACACGUGGGAAGAGAGCAGCAACGCCUUCCCGCUGCGCCAGCACGCCAGGGCCGGCCUGUUGUCGCAGGGGCCGGGGGCCACCUCGGGCUCGGUGGCCGCCGUCUACUUCUCCGGCGCCAGGGAGCAGCUGCUGUUGCGCCCGGGAGUCUGCGCCCCGCUGCCCCGCGCGGAAUUCACCGUCGAGGCCUGGGUGAAGCCCGAGGGAGGCCAGAGCAACCCGGCCGUCAUCGCAGGUGUGUUUGACAAUUGCUCUCACGUUGCCAGUGACAAGGGUUGGAUUUUGGGCAUCCGCUCACAGGAGAAGCUGGGGAAGAAAGAUGCCCGCUUCUUUUUCUCAGUCCGGACGGACCGUGUCAAGAGAUCCUCUGUCAUAUUGGCACACCACCGCUAUCAGUUCAACACCUGGACCCACCUUGCUGCCACCUACAAUGGGCACCAGAUGUUGCUGUACCUCAACGGGGAGCGUGUCGCUCGUAGUUCCCAGCAGUCAGGUGCCCUGCACAGCCCGUACAUGGCCUCCUGUCGCACCUUGAUUUUGGGCGGUGACAACUCAGAGGAUGGGCACAAUUUUCGGGGGCAUGUGACCCUGCUAGCUCUUUGGAGUGUCGCUCUGCCACAGGAGAAACUUCAGCGGGCCUUCUUGAGAAAGAUUGAAGAUAGGGAGUCAGCUAUACUAUUCAGUGCCAGGUUCAGCCGCUUAGAUCAGCAGUGGGUGGCAUUUAAGGAUGGGACCUACCCCCUGGUGGAAUCCUUCCAAGCCCCAGAACCUCAAGUUCUGUCCCCGUUCUUGCCGCCUCCUUGUGGACAGACUGCCUGCGACAACGUGGAAUUGAUCUCCCACUACAACAGCCACUGGCCGCUGAGGAAUGAAAAAGUGGUGCGCUAUCGUGUGGUCAACAUCCAUGACGACGACGGGUUGCAUCCUACCGUCACCCUGGAGCAGAUAGUCCAUCAGCAUCGAGCCCUGAGCAAGGCCUUCGGUCCUUAUAACAUCACUUGGCAGCUGAACUUUCAUGAGGAGUACAACUCCUUGCUCCGUUACCGUGCUAUCCUCAUGAACUGCGAGCCCGGCAAGAUUGGCAACGAGGUCUGCGACCCGGAAUGCGAGCACCCGCUGACCGGCUAUGACGGAGGGGACUGCCGGCGGCUGGCACGCUGCUACACCUGGGAACGCAGAGACGGUGUUUGCAACAUGGAGUGCAAUAACAUGAUGAACGAUUUUGACGAUGGAGACUGCUGCAACCCCAGGGUUUCAUUGAUGUUUAUCUCUCUUUUCUCUCCCGCGCCACUCUGCAGGGCAUACAUGAGUGUGAAGGAGCUCAAGGAAGUCCUACAACUGAACAGCACUCACUUCCUCAAUGUCUAUUUUGCCAACUCUGUUCGGGAGGAGCUGGCGGGCGCUGCCACCUGGCCCUGGGACAAGGAUGCCCUCAGCCACCUGGGAGGAGUGGUCCUUAAUCCAACAUACUAUGGUAUGCCAGGUCAUACGAAUACGAUGAUCCAUGAAGUAGGGCAUGUCUUGGGACUCUACCACGUCUUUAAAGGGGUGAACGAAAGGGAAUCUUGCGAUGACCCAUGUAGGGAGACAACACCAUCUAUGGAGACUGGAGACCUUUGUGCAGAUACGGCUCCUACGCCCAAAAGCAAACUCUGUCGAGACCCGGAUCCUACCAACGACACCUGUGGCCAGACCCACUUCUCUGGAACUCCGUUCAACAAUUACAUGAGCUACACAGAUGAUGACUGCACAGACAGUUUCACCCCAAACCAAGUGGCUCGAAUGCAUUGCUAUCUGGAUUUGGUGUAUCAGCAGUGGAGUCUGGGCAGAAAACCCACCCCUAUUCCCAUGCCGCCGAUUGUCACUGGACAGAGCCAGGACUCCCUCACCAUACACUGGUCUCCCCCCAUUAGCGGGGCGCUUUAUGAAAGGGAAUCAGGAAAUCUUUGCGGAGACUGUGCCGAAGAUGGAACGUUUAGCCAGUAUGUACAUGAGGCCUCCUCUCCUCGGAUUUGCGAUUCCUCUGGCUACUGGACUCCAGAGGAAGCAGUAGGGCCUCCAGAUGUGGAUCAGCCCUGUGAACUCAGCUUGCAGGCCUGGAGCCCUGAGUUCAAUCUCUUCAACAUGAGCAUGACCACCCCUUGCCCUCAGCCACUUGGCUGCAUUUUGGAGCUGCGUUUCCUGCAUCCCGUCUACCCAGACUCUCUAAUGGUGUGGACCACCUACUUCUCUACGGACUCCCCUAGGGCACUAUCGGACAUAGAGAUCCUGACAGAGCAGGGGGACUCCGUACACCUGGGACCCAUGGACGUAUUCUGUGACAUCCCUCUCACAAUCAAACUCAGUCUGAACAAGAAGGUGUCUGGAGUAAAGAUCUACACUUUCGAUGAUCAUAUGCAGAUUGAUGCUGCCCUCCUGAUUUCCACACCCCAGAGCCUGCUUUGCUCCAACUGCAAACCGGUGAGGUACAGAGUUCUCCGGGAUCCACCAUUUCGGGAUGGAUCCCCAGCGAUGGUGAUGCAGCCAGGCCGAAAGUUUAUCGACACGGAAGUCAUGGCGGGCCAGUUGUAUCGGUACCAGGUUCAAGCUGUGGCCGGGGCAGCUGUAGGAGAAGCCUCCCCACCUCUGAUCCACCUCCAUGCCUCUUCUUACUGUGGUGAUGGGAAAGUAAGCAUGAGUCUUGAAGAAGAGUGUGAUGACGGAGACCAAUUAAAUGGGGAUGGUUGCUCUAGAACCUGUAAAAAAGAACAAGGAUUCCACUGUGUUGGUGAACCAAGCUUAUGCUAUGUCUAUGAAGGAGAUGGCCUUUGCGAACCGUUUGAGAUCACCAACAGCAUCGAGGACUGUGGACACUACACUCCCAAGGAGUACAUCGACCAGUGGGCCUCAGAGGCCUACUCUUCCCAUCAGGACCAAAAAACCUGCCCAGUUUCCCUGGUGACUGGAGAACCCUUUGUGAGAUUGUGCAAGCCUCAUCUUCAAGACACACUGGAGUAUCGACCUCUCAUGGCUUGGUUCCCUUGUACCAGCCACAACGUUCUGCAAGAUAUUGAGAAGGAGAAAAUGCUCUCAGAUGAUAGGAUUUGGCUGAAAGUAUGUUUCAGCAGACCCAGCACAGCUACCUCACUGCUUGUUUUUCUGGCUUCUGAUGGGAUGUCAGCUGGGGACCAGCCCAAACCUACUGUGACCGUUCAUUUGGGUGACAUCAGUGGCCGCAGCCACUUCCUGGCAACAUAUGAGCUGUCCUGUCAGCAGAAUCCACUGGUUAUCAACAUAACUGGCAAUCUGGCGGUUCGCCAAAUCAGCUCAGCUGUGUUCAACUUCUCCUCUCUUUCUGUGGGCAUUUCCGCGGUGGCCCUGCGGACGCAUUCUUCCUCAGAUGCUUCUAACCCAAGCAAUUGCCUCCCGGAAAACGAGGGAAGCCGCCACGAGAAAUACAGUUGCACGCCAAACACCUGCGGAGAACAAGGCAUCUGUGCGCUGCCACGUAUCCAUCAUUCUGCGGUGGUCAACUGCACCCCUAGCAAUCAGGGGUUCACACAGUGCUUCAUUACUUGUGAAAAGGGGUUUGUCCUACAUGCCAGUCAAGGGCAAAUGCUGCGCUCAGGACAGAAAGAAAUCCUGCUGACUUGCAAUUCUGGGCAGUGGGACCGAUCUGUGACUUGUGACCCCGUUGACUGCCAGAUUCCUGACCAGUCAAAUGUGCUUUAUGCUGAGUUCUCUUGCCCUAAAGGAACCACCUUCCUGAAGCGAUGCUGCUUCUCCUGCAUCAAGCCGGCUAAGCUUCAAGGAAUGAGUCAGUGGCUGACCUGCCUGGAGGAUGGCCUCUGGUCACUCCCAGAAGCUUACUGCAAGUUAGAGUGUGACACUCCACCGCCGGUCGCCAAUGCUAAACUGCUGUUCUCCCAGUGCAUGCAGGGGACCCAUGACGUCGGUUCUGUCUGCCGGUACAAAUGCAAGCCUGGAUACCACGUGGCAGAAACCACUGAGGGAAAGUCCAGGAAAAAGUUCCUGAGUAUUCAGUGUCUGGAUACUGGCUUCUGGGAAGAAGGCAGCUGUGUUCCAGUGCUAUGUAAGCCACCCCCACCAGUCUUUGAGGGAAUGUACAAUUGCACCAAUGGCUUUCAGCUCGACAGUCAGUGUGUUCUCAGCUGCAGCUCACAGAGUAAGAGGGCCCCAAUCUUAUGCACUAAAGAUGGUUUGUGGACUGAUGAAUUUAAGUUGUGUGAAGAUUUGCAAGGGGAAUGUUCACCACCCCAAGAACUGAAUUCAGUAGAGUAUAAGUGUGAGCAAGGUUAUGGAAUCGGUGCCGUGUGCAUACCUUCCUGCCUAAUUCCACUAUGUGAUCCUGUGACGCUGCCUGAAAAUGUCACUGUUGACAGCAUGGAUCACAGAUUACAGCCAGUCCGAAUCCAGAAUAUUGUGUGCACUGGAAAAUUAGAAUGGCAUCCAGAUCCAAAAGCCAUUCAUUGCAUUGAUUCCUGUGAGCCUUUCCUAGCUGAUGGCUGGUGUGACACUAUCAACAACAGAGCCUAUUGUCGGUAUGACGGGGGUGAUUGUUGCUCCUCCACAGUUUCCUCCAGGAAGGUGGUUCCAUUUCCAGAUGACUGUGACCAGGACGAGUGCAGCUGUCGGGACCCGGCUGCAGAAGAGAAUCAAUAACAGCAACUAAGACAGUCUGUGCUGUCAGGGCCAGAACCUGGAGGAAGAUUCAAGGCUUGUGGGGGAGCAUGAACAGGGGCACUGGAAGGGCUGAGGGACAGGAGCUGGCGUGAUCACGGAGGCCUAGUGCAACUGGGUGCGGCACAGGAGGAAGGCAAUGAGGAGAGGGCAGAAGAACAGGAGGCAUAAGAGGAGGGAAAGGAACAGUCUGAAGACUCCCCAGUUCAAAUCCCUUCCGGUCGGGCUGAAGAUGAAGUCAAGGGCCUGUUCCAGCCUCAUCAGCUCUCUUAUCAACCUGGCUUGGGGGCAGGUUCCUAGGCACCUUUCAUUCUAUUACUGUAUAAAUGGUUUGCUGCCUCACGACCAUUUUCCUUUUGCUCUGAGUCCCGUCUCUUCCCUCUCCUCCCUCCUCACCUUUUUACUAUCUAGGUCUUGAUUUAGCGAAGGGGGGAGGGGAGGAAGAUAAAAGCGAUCCGUCUGCAAAUAUUUAAGCAUAAUUUUAUGACAAAUCUAUAUUAUAUUUUUAUUUGCUGUUCAUUAAGCUGAAAAACGUGCUGCUGUGAAGUGCUGACCAUUGGGAGAAAAAAAAAUUAUGGGGUCGGGUGGUGAGAGAAUUCCCGGAGACUGGAGGGCAAGUUAUGCAAACAGCGGGGCCGUUGAAUUUGUGUACACCUUUUCUCGAGACUGCACAGUUUUAGGUGAGAGAUGCGAGAAGCGUGUUUUAAUGAUCCUCCACCUGUGAACAAGCCAUUCCAACUGAUUUCCAUUCACACAGACUGCUAGCAUGAAAGGGGGAUCAGAGUUGACUUUGUCCCUGCGUGAUAUGACUUUCUAUGAGCAGGGAACACCAAUUCCAGCUGGAAGGUUUUGCAGCUUGAUUCUUCUUCUUCUACCCCAAGAAAUGCCCUUCAGUGCAAUGGGAGCUGCUUCACAAUCCCCCCCAAUCGCUAGAUUCCAAGAAGUGUUUGGCGUAGCUACAGGCCAAGGGCUGCAACUGAAACUGCGCACAUUUGCAUUUUUAAAAAGCACUACCUUUAAAGAAAAACCCAUGCUAUUCAACAUUAAGAGGCCACAAGUCAAGGUAACCUUGCAAACAAGUCCACAGGUUAAGGACCUGCCAUUUGGUUUUGUUUACAAGCGUAGCUAUCCUUCCGAUGCAUGUUAAGUAGCAGCUGUUUGUGUCUGUAAAGAAAAAAAAUUCAUUUCCCUGCUGGGUCAUUGGGACAUUCUUAUCACAGGCAAGGAGCAAUUCAAAAGCCUGCAAAAUGGCUGCCCCAAGAUGUUUAGUAUUGUUGAUAUAACUUAGUUGGUUAAUGAAACUAGUGUGGGCUAAGCACUAGUAUGGACCAGUGCUGUGGAAUGUGUUGAAUAGAUCCACGGGUAGACCAGAGAUUUUCCAAAUAUUCUCGGGCACCCUGGAGAGGCUCAGAAUCUUACUGGGUGUUCUUCAGCGAGAAGAUCAGUAAUGAACAAACUUUCCUGAAAGAGAGCUUUGUCUGCUAUGCUUGGUCAUUCUCUCCAGUACACAACUAUGCAGACGAGGCACUGUAGGUUACAUUCCCUGUUCACAAAUGGCAACCGUAAUGCUUUCUUAGUGUUGCGAAGCAAACAUUGUGUUGGGAACCCCAUAUCUGUACCGAUACUUCUCCCAUAUAAUCUCCAUUGAGAUUGACUGCUCCAGCUAUUUCAGUAUGGGCUGUUCCUCUAGAACGAUUGGUUGUGGGUUCAAGCUGUGCACCAGAGCACAGAUCAUGAAUGGAGAAUGUUCUGACAGCAUCAGGAUACACAAACUGCAACUUCCAAGCACUAUUGAAAGUGUUAAGUGUGAAACACAAUUCCAAGAUAUAAAUUUGUGGGAAAUUUGAGCUUCAGGGUUUUGUUUUGUUUAAGAUAUCAAUAUUAUUCUUCACUAUUUAUUGCAGUUGUGAGUUGUGUGUCUGUGUGGUGGGGAACUUAUGGUGGGCUAUAAUCAGCAUUCCCUGUAAGCUGCAUGAGUACCUGUAUUGAUGCCAUGCAGAAUAGGGGCCAGCCAGCAGGGGGAGCUGUCCCAGGCGGCUCUCAGUUCACUCAGUGUCUUCGACGCGCCACACAGUACUGGGGAAGGAUUAGAGGGAUUACUGGUUAUCAUUAAUGCAUGUAGGAAGGCGCAGCUAGUACCAGGCAGCAGCUGAAGCAGGAAUAUGGGCUUUACAGCUACCUAGGCCCCAUCCACAUGGACCUAUACAUCUGGGCUGGGGACAGGACAAAACCCUUUUGAGGGUGCAACUUCACAUGGCUCCCGCCCCUAAAGCAAGGCUGCCCCAUGUUAGUUCCCCCAAAACGGGUUAUUCGAGAAUUGCGCUAUCCGUAAUUCUUUAGUUUUAACCCUGGUCGCAACCGCUCGCAAGUGAACAGCCCGCUGGAGAGCGCUUUAAUUGGCCACGCUUCCCUUUGUUGGUGGAGGUCCUGCUUAUCAGCUUCGUAGCCACACAGGGUCACAGGGAUGGCAGCAUGGCUGUGAGGGUCCAUGCCUGCCUGCCUGCAUAGCAUCGCAGCCAAGGGAGGUAAGUACCAAACAAAAUACGCGCCUCCGUGCAAAGACGCGAUGGCCACCAUCACUGCUUCCGCAGGCUCCGUUCACUGCCUGCCUCGUGCCUAUUGCACCUGCUGUACUUUUUGUGUGUGGAAGGGCCCCUUGUCAGGUCCAAGUGCGUUCCCUCAAGAGUGCACUCCUUGGGUUCUUGGUGGCAUCCAUACUAUAUGAAUGCAUGAACAUGUAAAGCUGCCUUCUACUGAAUUAAAUAUGAGUCCCUCAAACACAGUACUGUCUACUCUGACUGGCAGUGGCUCUCUGGGGCCUUUCACAUCACCUACUACCUGACCCCAUUAACUGGAUGUGCCAGGGGUUGCACUUGAGAUCUUUGGCAUGACAAGCAGAUGCUGGACCACUGAGCCAUGGCCGCUCAUGGCACUUACUCUGUGCCCCCAUGAAGUUGUUUCAUAUGAUCUAAUCUUUUUAAAGUCUCAUCUGUAUGUUUUCAGGGAUGUUCCUACAAUCGUGUCAACUAGAAAAUAAAUUUCCGCUUCAAGGGACUGAAUGUGGAAAUUCUUAAAGCUGUCCGACAUGUUGCAUUUUCAGAUGUACAACUAAAAAAAUGCAAUGUGUGAAUGACAGACAUGUGCAUUUGGAAACUCGUGCUAUAAACUCAUCAGGCAGCCAACAAUAGCUGUAGUUCGUUUUCAGGGGGCACUGUGUGAAACCAGUGGAGAGGCAGGAUGGAAAUACCCUAAAUAAAUAAGAACAGUCCCAGUAGCUUAGAGGGGCAGCCAGUUGGAGUGGCUGAAUAAGAAUAAAAGAUCUCUGAUGAAUCAGACCGGUGGUCUAGGUCAGGGUUAGGGGCACCAGAGUUGGACACCCCUGGUCUAGGUUGUCUCUUCCAGUUGACAUCAGGGCCUGCGUGAUCUGAUUCGGUCCCGUAGGCCUGCGAAAUUGAGAUAUUUCAUUGUAAAGCUGCCUUCCUUAGCUAAGGGGGUCCUGAGUCUGUACCAUCUACUGGCCUCCCAACUCCACCCCCUCCUUCCCCCAUCCCGAGAAUAAAUGGUAAGAGAGAUGAACAGGAUGGUGCUGAUAGUUUAUUAUGGGCUAAAGGGUCCUUAUGGUCACCUAGGUUUAUGCCAUCAUCGAUUUAUAGUUUUAAAAGCUAUUAAUUUAUGUGACAUUGGAUUGAUUUUAUGACUGUUUUAAAUCAUGUGUUAAAUCAUCACUUGAAAGUAAAUACUCUGCCCUUCCCCUGGCUCUGGCUGGGGAAGGGCAGAGUAUUAAAUUUCAUAAAGUGAAAAUAAACAAAUAGUCCAGCAUUCAGACCAGGUGUGCUGGGUGUGGGAGUGAUAAGCUUAGUUCAAAUACAGUAUCUCAUUCCGAAGGAGGCACCCAAGAGCUGCGACUUUUCCAGUCACCAAAUGGCCAACUUGUUCACCUCAUGUCAUUGCCUGCACAGAAAGUAGAGGGAAAAGAAAUAUCAGGGUGCAGUUGUGUGCUGGUACCACUGAACGGCUGCAGAAGGUGCAAUGUUCUGCUGUUCUUCCGCACCAGUGCCACAUCCAAAAGAGAAAUGGCCUGUCUUCUCUUGCUGGGAACUGUGGGGCCUGGCAACCAAGAGACAGCUUGUGCCUGUCCCAGAUAGAGGUUCCUGGAGUGGUUGAUUGAGAAGUUUGUUGUGAAGAACUAUACACUUCCUUGGCUGUUACACUGUGGUCCUGCAACCCCAGGAACGAACUUGACUGGGAUUGGAAAGGUUGCUGUGGGGAGAUGAGAAUCCCUGUGGUGCUUAUACUAGAUCCAAACUCAAUAUUUUUUACUCAUCAGAUGUCCAUGCAAGGAUCUUAAUUUUUGCUCAGAGCAUCUGUGCUUAAGAAAUAACCUAUCUAUGAAACAAAAGAUUGGCACUGCUUUUUUUUUUAAACAGCCUGACUAAUGUAUUGUUGAAGACUUUCCUGGCUAGACUCAACUUACUGUUUUCAGGCUGCAUAAUCAUGGCAGUUUUCUCUCCCAAAGCUUUGCCUGCCUGUGAAGAUGCCAGCCAUAGGUGCAGGUGAAACAUUAGGAGCAAAUGUUAGGAGCAAAAACUACCAGACUCUGCCCUACAGCCCAGAAAACCCACAAAAGACAACCAAAUUAGCUUUUGCCCCAACAAAAAUUGUUCCAUGUCCUCAGUCCUGUGGCUUCUUGGGCCCACACAGCAUUGGAGUGCUAUAGUGGGGGUUCAUUUUCAUUGAGGUUUUUUUUUUGAGGGGAAAAAAGAUGAGCUAUAUUCACACCUUCAGAAAUCUGCUGUCUCUCCAGCACUUCAACCAAUCCCUUUGUGUGAGACCUCAGAAUAGGUUCUGACACUACAUUUCAGGCCUCUGUGGGCUUCAAAAGUGUUGACAUCAGAGCUCAAGAAUAUUUCUCAGCCACCUGAUUGCACGAUCACUGUCCUCAUUUCCCUCAGACAGAUGUUCUAGCAUUUAAACCAUCUCAUUCUCCCCAAGUAGGUGUUGAAGGGUUAGAAACUGUCUUUCUGUGGGUUUGGUAUUGUGGCUUGUCUUAUGAAAAAGUCUUGUUCUGGUAGUAGAGCUGAAAGAAUGUCAGUGGGGAAAAUGUAUUUGUCAUGAAUCACUUAGUUACUUAGCACGGGAUUAUGGGAUCACCUUUAGCAAACUUGGAGCAUCUUGUCCCCUUUUGAGGGAGGGUUUUACUCACAAUUGAAGCUGCUGCUAUUUUAAUUUUGUUUUGUAUUUGAUAAUUAUUUUUUAUAAAAAUCUAUUAAAAUAAAUAAUCUACC